UGUUUCUGCAGCGCUCACAGACAAACGAGGACCUGUUGUGCUUUUGUAAGUGGGGGGGACGCGUCCCGAUAAAGAGUGUGUCGAAUUCGAUGUAACCUUUGUUGGAAUGUGUUCCGAGCCGCUUUGAAGUUGGAUAAAUCGCCGAUGAAUGUGGAAUUUUAGCGACCGGGAGCAAUGUGACAAUGGAGCAACCGUGAAAUCCUGUCGUCCGUCUCUCUUUAAAAGACGUGGCGGAUGUGGACGAAACAAAGUGCGAAGGGACAACUUUGCAAGUUUUUAUCUCGUCCGCUGAUUGCAUGAGUGCCAAAGUGUCGGGGGGGGGAGUGGAUUUGUUAUCAGGAGCUCGAAGGCAAUCCGGUCAAAGUGCAUGGCGCGUCACCAGAUUCAGCAGCACUGUUCCAUGAACAUCUUUUCAAAAGCGGUUCCAGAACUUUAACAACUUUAAAGAGAUGCUAAUUGGCCACAAGUUGUCAGCAUGACAAAAACUCAAAGGAAAUACUUUUUAGAGGCCUCCAGUGUUCUACAAUGGAUACUGACCUUUCUCUUCUUGGGGGUGACGUGUAUCAUGCUGAUGGUGGGUCUCAUGUUUACAUCGCUGUGGCUGCUUCCCACUCUGUACUUCAUCUGGCUGGUGAUUGACUGGCAGACGCCUGAGAAAGGCGGCAGAAGAAAGCCAUCUGUGAGGAAGUGGAAAGUUUGGGAACACUACAGAGAUUAUUUUCCUAUCAAGCUGGUGAAGACUGCAGAGCUGAAUCCCAACAAAAACUACAUCCUCGGCUGUCACCCGCACGGUAUCAUGAGCGUAGGAGCCUUUGCCUGCUUCAACAUAGAGUGCUGCGGCUUCUCGGAGGCUUUUCCUGGGAUGCGCGUCUCCUUGGCCAUACUGGCCGGACUCUUCCGGAUCCCGCUCUUCAGGGACUACCUCAUGGCCGCAGGCCUGUGUCCAGUCAGCAGGCCAAGCCUGGGCCACCUUCUGUCCAAGCAUGGCACGGGAAAUGCUGUGGUGAUUGUGAUAGGGGGCGCCGCAGAGUCUCUGGCCUCCCAUCCUGAGGCACAAACAGUGAUCGUCAAGCAGAGAAAAGGCUUUGUCAGACUAGCGCUGGAAUAUGGGGCUGACUUGGUGCCAGUUUACUCCUUCGGGGAAACAGAGCUCUUCCACCAGGUCACGUUCUCAGAGGGCUCAUUGGGUCGAAGGCUACAGGACCUGUUUAAAAAGGUCAUGGGUUUUGCCCCUUGUCUGUUCAUUGGCGAUCGCUGGGCAGUGUUGCCCUACAGGACUCCCAUCACCACAGUGGUGGGACAUCCCAUCUCUGUGCCCGAGCGCGUCACACCCACCGAGGAGGAGGUCGACCACUAUCAUAAACUGUACAUGGACGCCCUGUCAAAUUUAUUCCAUGAGCACAAGGUCAGCUGUGGACUAUCAGAGAGUCACAAGCUUUGUUUAAUGUAGAGGUUCUACCUCCACCUGACCUGCUUCAAUGGACUAACCAACCACGUGUGUGUGUUUAAACUGAAAUAAUGAUCAACCCUUUCCGGUACCGCUGUGAAACAAGCUGUGUCCUCAGGGACAUUUCUACUAGGAGUUGAUAACUUUCGACUGAACGACCACCAUAAAUUAGCUGCUUCUGAAGGACAAUGGCGCAUUAUUUAGCCAUAUUCAACAAAUUGAUAUGGCUAAUAAGUAUUCAAAGAUGAAUACAGGCUGUCCAGUCUCAAGUUUAAUGUGAAAUGGAUGUUUCAUGCGACUAACCGUGCCCAAAGAAAUGUAUUUAAUGAGGGGGGGGGGGGGGAAAUUUAGUAUCUCAUUUUAUAAUUUCCAGAUUUAUCUAGUCUUUUGCAAUGCGUUAAGUGUAAAGUGACACCCCAUAUAAAGCACUUUUGUUUAAGACACACCUCCAAAUACUACUACUUAUGUUGUUUCUUCAUUGAGGACUGCAGUGUGCUUGACACAACCUAUUGCAAUCCAUUUCACUAUAUUUAAACAUUUGUCAUUACUGUACAGUAGAAACUUUUGUAAUUCAUGUUUUACCCAGUAGAGGACACCCUUGCUCACAACCACACAAUUUGCCAACAGCGUCAAGGGGUUCGCCAAACAUCUCUCGACUGGAUAUGAGAAAAGCUUCACCAUACGCUACAGUAUCUUAUUAAAAGCAGACGUUUAACAAAUCCUA